CACUUUUUUGUGCAAAUCAACCGAUAAAUACUCAUUAUGACUGGCAGAGGAAAGGGAGGAAAGGGACUGGGAAAGGGCGGUGCCAAGCGCCAUCGUAAAAUCUUACGUGAUAACAUCCAGGGUAUUACCAAGCCCGCUAUUCGUCGUCUAGCACGCCGUGGAGGUGUCAAGCGUAUCUCUGGUCUUAUCUACGAAGAGACCCGUGGUGUGUUAAAGGUAUUCCUUGAGAACAUCAUCCGUGACGCCGUUACCUACACCGAGCAUGCCAAGCGCAAGACUGUGACUGCUAUGGAUGUCGUCUACGCACUUAAGCGUCAAGGCCGCACUCUAUACGGAUUCGGAGGUUAAUUGGAUACAAAACACCUUCCAGCCGUUUCCGUUUGGUUCGUCGUCUAGGUAAGCCUGACUGCAGACAACGUAUAUCAACGACAAUCUCACAACACAAUACCUGGUCUUUUUUAAGACCACCCUAUCAUUUAAGAAAUGUAUCUAAUAAUUAUAUACAUCGAAUACUAUCAAAAAAAUUAACCGUGCGUUGAAGCGCCAGCGUAGUAGUACAAUGCAGCAUAAGUUACAGUAAAAGGUCGGAACACUUUAUAAAGCACCGAUCUACGACCAUGUCACUACCUCACAUGCUCAGUUGAAGCUUUUACGCAGACUAAGUUAGUGCCUAGAUGUUGAGCGCUACGUAGAUCAAUGCUCUCGAUAGGAAGUGGGUGGUUAUCAGUGUGCAUAUAUCGACAAUUAUUAGCCUACAUCUUCGUGAAUAAAGCGGAACGCUAUUGUUAUCACU